CAAAGUAACAAAGAUAGCACACAAAAUUACCGCUAUAAGUAAUCCCAUUACAUUGCUACCUUUUCAUAUUAAAGUUUACUUGCUCGCAAUCAAAGGACUGGUGCAAGGUGGUACUGUUUAGUUAUCUCAUAAUCUAAACAUACAAUCUGAAAAGGCAAACACGGUGUAGAUUGCAUCAAUUACCAUAUUUCCGUUGUUUAUUAUAACUCCAAUAUGGAACACCACGAACCACUAACAAACGAAAGUAACAAGACAUGUUUGGCGGUUAUCAAGCAAGACCACAAUCUAAUCGCUAUUAUCAAUAGCCUUUUGGACAGCUUGAAUGACAAAGAGGAAGUACUGCGCAUUACUACAGAAGCCGCUCUAUUAAGAAUUGCUAAGCGACGACACGAUGAAAUCGUAGAAGUGUUCUGUAAUUACAGAAAAACUCAUGCUAAGCUCAGUGAUACACAAACGAUAAUAAUUCUAAGAGUUCUCUCUUACAUCGCAAUGAAUUUCGUCGACAAUAUCCACCAGUCUACUGCUUCGAAAUGUAUCCAGUACAGCAUCACGGAAAUAACAAAAAUCAACGAUCACACUACCAACAUACAGAACCCUUGUCGUGAAAUUCUUGUAGCAGUCGGACGGCAAUAUUGUAAAGAGAUAAUGGAGAUUUUUUUGAAGCACUUGGAACAGAACGUAGUGGCCAAUUUUAUCUUAAUGCAAUCAAUUGGCGCUCUGGCAACGUCAAACAUGGAUACCGUACCGUACAUAAAACCGAUCCUUGGUCUCAUUUUACCAACAUUGGGUUCAAUCAAACAAGAUAUAAUUCGUCAAUCAUAUGCCUAUGCUAUUGGAAAGUUUUGCGAAACAUUUGCGGAAUAUCAGGAACAUCAACGCCAAAACCCCACUGAUGAGAUUCCAAUGAAAACUGGCCCACGUUACGAAAUUCACGAUGAAGUAUCCAUUAUUUACGAACAUCUUCAGGCACACUGGCUUUCUUCUCGUGAACCAAAGCUAACAAAUGAGGUGCUGAACGCAUUUGCAUUUUUAUACCAUCUGUUGCCGGUGGAGAAGAUAAGUGAUAAUUUAAACAAAACACUCCCUGGUGUACUGGCGCUUUACAGGAAAAGCUUGGAUCGCAGCGCUAUAACCCAAUAUCUUGCAGCUAUUAUCAAGACAGUAUUGCAUUUAAAUCCAAAACUUCUGUUCAGUAUGUCAGACAACCUUAUCGGCUGCCUGUUUGAUCUAGUGUGCGUAAAUCCUGAUUAUGAAAAGCCACAAACAGUCAAGGGUCAUUUCGAAGUACUUCGUUGCUUCGAUCUGCUGGCCCCAGAAUAUGGUGAGAAAGUUAUAGAAGUACUACUCAUUCAUCUGCGUAACAACAAUGAACGCGAAAGGAUAAAAUCUCUGUUGCUGAUGACACACCUAUCGAAUACGUCGGAAAAAGUAGUCCACGCGAAGCUACCUGAAAUCACAGUCAUUUUGAAAGGCAUGGUUGUAUCUGAGAAGCAGGUUAAGGUUAAAAUAGUGCUACUUAAAACGAUCAUUGCGUUUAUACAAAAACAAUUUGUACAGGACAAUGAAUUCGUUACCUUUCUUAUUCGAAGCAGCUGCCCUCAGAACAAAACGAAUUUGGACUAUGGAAGUGCCGAAGAGCACAUAGAGUUUCAGCGUGCCUGCAACGACACUAUGCAUAUACUAUCGUCAACAGUUGGUACAGUCGAUCAAAUGCUUAAAAUGGAAAUGCUUCAAUGCUUUUUAUUGUAUGAAUUUACCGGUAUUUGCGGCACCCUAGCAAAGUGUUUAGCGAAUCUUUUCGCCAAGGAUCCCGAGCUUGAAGCGCAAGUUGUAAGAAGACAAAAUCCAUUCGAUGAAAAUCAAGCACCGGAUGAAACAUCUCCACUAAGACCGAUGUCCGUAUUUGUUCGUGCAUUAACGUUACUUGGCAAUUUUAACGAGCUUGGCCGCAAUCAAAAUGUGUUGAGUUUUUUGAAAAGUUAUGCCCGCUGUUUCUACUGUCAAUUGGUACCAUUGUGGAAUGAUAAAAUUACGGCCAUACAGUCUGAACUGCAUGCAGGAUGUAGCGGAAAACGAUUCCUCGAAAUGCUGGUUGAUUUUGUCCAAGCAACAAUCAAAGACAUUGAUAACCAUAGCUUUGUAGAGAGUAUGGUUGCUGAAAUGUUCUUUCAACUACCGCUGUAUCAAUCCAUAUGCUCUACACAGACUGCAGAAUUUCGAGUACCCUGCCUUGAUCAAGAAAAGAGAACGCUUGUGAAAAUGUUUGGUGUUUGCCUGUGCCACACAACGGACGAGCAUAUGAUAUGCAACAAAAUUGAUUUAAUAUUUGAAUUGGCAAAGGCUGAAAAAAUGGACAAGAACGCACCAAAUGAGGAAUACGAGCAACCAAUGCAAGAUUACGCUGACUCGCUGGGGUACGUGGCAGUAACGCAUCUAGACAAAGUUAUGGCUAAAUUAGGAAGCACUGUGAUUGACGAUAAUUCUGUGAAAAAAUCGAAUAGUUUUUUCUCACACCUAAGUUUCAUUAAAGACAGCGCUAAAGAACUGGAGAUAUACAAAAUGAAAAUACUGGCUUUGCAGGCGUUAAACGUGAUUGUGUACAGGGCCCCUAAGGAGCAACUCUUACAUCAUUUUACAGAAACCGUUAUCAACUACUUAAUAGCGCAGUUUGAGAGCAAAGAAUUGUUUAUCAAACAAUUGAUACUGGAUACACUGUUGGCAUCAAUCGAUAUUUUCAUGACUUCUGACUGGGAAGAACGUAUGACUGGUUCAAAGAUAAGGAGUGAUUUGCAUAAAAUGUGUUUAACUAUCACUAGUGACACUACGAAUGAGUACUUACCGGUGUUUCCGUCAAUAAUCAAACUCUCCACUGUGCUUGUUAAGCUGCAUGCUAAAGAUCAGGUGCUUAGCGUUAACGGACUGCUUGAUUCGAUAUGUUUCUACUUUUUCUCUAAUGCUCACAACUUAAAAUUGCGCUCAAAUAGCAUUGACAAUGAUACGCAGAACAAUUUUUUGGCAACGUUCCUGAACCUUGCCUUGCCAGAGGUGAAUCGAUUUAUUCAGCAAGUGCUUGAACAGCAGGACGCUUCUCCGGCUAGUUUGGAUGAUGUGCAUUCGAUCCUGGAAGGAUGGCUAAAGGACAAGAAUUCCGAGGCACGUAUAUGCGCUUGCCAUGUUUAUAAUAGUACUCUUGCCGUAUAUAUGAAAUCUACGAAGAUCGGUUGCGAGGGACCUUCGAAAUUUAAUCAAACUGGCAGCAUGUUGGGCAAAAUCAUACCACGCUGUAUUGAUUCUAAUGCUACAGUACGACAAACUGCUGUUGAGGUGCUGACGAAGAUACUGGAAAUAGCUUACAUAUACGAAACGGUCACUGUAGCAGAUGAUCGCGUCGAAUGGCUACAGGAAUUGAAAAAAAUCCAUGAUGAGAUAGUGACGGAUGACCCCAAAGAAAUCUAUCGUAUAGCAGGAGAGUUGGCACGCAUCGUCGCUCAGCGCUUAUCUAGCUAUCAGUACGUCAAGUUCUGCAAAUGUCUUUUGGGAAGUAUAAAUGAUCCAGAGCAAAGCUCCGUAAUUGGAGCGUCCCAUGUUCUCAAACUGUUUAUGCACGUGAAGGGUGCAGAAAUGUACCACGCAAUACCCGAGUUGGUCAAGGAUUGCCUAUACGCUGUUAAACUGUGCGAAAUAUCCCGAGCAAGGGCCGCCAUAGUAAAAUCUAUCCUGGCACUGACGAAGCAUCAUCCGAAACUAGUGUGCAAUGAAAUUCUUUCGCAAAGUUUGCCACUCGAAGAACAUGUUAUUGAAUAUUGGAAAACACUAGCAAUGGAUCCUGGAUUGGCAGGCAUUAUAUUAGACAAUUUUAUUACUACUGUGACAUCGUCGUGUCUUCACGAACAAACUGUGCCAGAUGGACGUGAAAAUGAAAAGUGCUCAGUGACACUUCAGCCGUUUGCAAUUGUGUGUGUGCUGGGCGAAAUAUUUAAGAGCGAAGAGCUCAAAAGCGAAUUGCAAGCCCGUUUUUCGGAAAUAUUUUGUAUGCUGCUGACCACCCUGGCCUCAUACAUUUCCUUGCAGCCACCAUUCACUGUUGUUGUAUCGCAGCAGAAUAAUGCAUCGAUAGUAAAAGGAAAUCGUCGAAUGAAAAGCAACCAGCAGGAAGUGGCGUUAAAUCCUUGCCAAAUUGUUUUGGAUGCAUUUCACACAUUUCUGGAAAAUUUCGGCAUGCAUCAGAUUUCAGUUGUGUUAACUGUUUGUCCCGACUUGGCCAAAAGCACCAAUUUGAAUAGUUUCAUUGAAAUAUUAGCACCGCUCGGUGUGGCUACGGCAAGCGAGGUGGGCAUCAACUCACCGCUAAUGAAACAACUAGUGACCACCAUAAGCAAGUACGUUUGCAGUCCGUACGAUACGCAGCGAAUAGCCUCAACUGGAUUUUAUGCUCAUCUCGUUCCUUUGCAACCAUGUGGUGAAACAGCGUCAGUGAUAAUGCUCAACCUAAACUCGUCGCUAAAUGAUCCGAAUCCGCUGGUGCGGGGGUUGAGUAUUCGUGGCAUGGCUUAUUUAUGCAAUCUUCUAAAGCACGAUGUUGCAAAAUACUCUGAAAUGUGCCUAACCUCGAUGCUUAAAGGAAUCGAUGAUUACAAUCAAAAUUGUUUUAUAAAUAUUCCGCUCGAUAGCAUGCGCGGUUUGUCUAAGGUGUUGCAGGUGAUUGACCCAGAAAUGUUCGAAGUUUUUCAAGUGUCACUUGCAAUACGCAUACGCCCUUUCUUCGAAAAUAACUCAACAGAACUACGUGAAUCCGCGAUAGUGCUCUUCGGAGAUUUGUGCGGUUUAAAGAUAAAACAACUAGAGACAAACACCGAUUGUACGACAGUGUCUAAAACUACACUUAUAUCAGAAUCCUUGAUGGAACAGUUGAGAGCAAACUUUUGCUGCUUGCUGUUGCAUCUAUGCGAGCAAGAGAGCAUGAUCGCACGGGCGUCCAAGUUUACAAUGAAGAAUGUAUGCGUCUUGCUAGGCACUACCAAAAUGAACACUCUAGCCCAGAACCAUCUCAUUGAGCACGGCCAACUACAAUAUAGCAACUUUUUGAAGGAUUUUGUAAAAUUGAUCGGUGAAGAGAUGUCCCAAUGGAUAAACGAUUUUAUGGAUGCCUGCCUGCCUUUGCUUCGAAGUCAGUGGCCAGAAAUACGGGGUAACGCCGCCCUUCUGAUAGGACUACUGCAUUGUCAGAAUUCCAACCCUAGAAGUAAGCACAUGGAAUCAAUUGGCGUAAAAAUAGCGGCGUUGCUUAAAGAUGAAUCUACAGACGUCAAAGUGAAUGCUGCUGAAGCUCUUGGUUACAUCUAUGGGGAGAAUUGAAUAUUUGCGUCAAAGCGACAUUGUAAAAAACCUUCGUGAGGAAAACGGUGAGGAACUAAAUGAAUCUUCUUCGGUAAGCACAUUUGCAUAAUUAACUUUAUGGGUAUGUUAGUACGUUAAUAAAGUUGGUGAUCUGUAUUGGUAAUCGGAAUAAAUAUAAUUAUUAUCUUGCAACUUGCAGUUGA